GUUUUCCAUUUUUGCGGUCUAUCUCUUUGGAACAAAGGAAUUUUCUUGAGGAUGGAAAAGUGCGUGCAACAGCAGAUUUCCGUGGGACGAGACGAGCACAGCCAUUUCCCCAACUGUUCACGAUUGCCGGGAAGCGAUUUCACCACAUGCAUGAACACAAGACGGCUCCGUUCGAAUGGCCGGAACGUUCACCGUCGCCAUCUGUAUUUUUAAAAAGAAAAUGCUUUAACAAUUCGUGAAUGUUCGCGUACUCCAUCGGAGUCGUCGAUGUGGAGGCCUGAGGGGGUGCUUCUAAUAUGACGACACUCGUCGGCUCUCUUGUCUACCAGUCUUUCUCGGCGUUUCCGUCAGUCUGUCUCUGCGUCUUCGCUUCCCCUCCGUUUCCUCACCAUCGAUCUUCCUUGCCUCGCUCUGCUCCCACCCCGGUUCCGCCUUCUCACAUCUGAUCUUUUACUUCCCUCUCUCACCCGUCCUUCUAUAUGCUUUCUCAGUACCUGUCCGUUUGCUCUUCCCCGCUGUCAACAUGGUUUCAGUUAUUAUUCUGAGUUGUAUCCCACCACCUUCCCUGUUGCACGCGGCUGUCGUUAUUCGAAUUGCCUGAGGUCUCGCACUGGUCUCGUACAGUGAGCCACCGACACACGGCCGUUCGUUUUUCUAUUUCAAGAGUUUCUUUGUGCACAUCGUCACCCGUUUUCUCCGCUUUUUCUGAGCGAAGGGCGAUGCCCCUUCCGUGGUCGCUUCCCACAAUGUCUGAUUGCAGACAGGUGCGAUGGAUCUGUGCACAUGUGUUCUUUUGUCUGGCAUUUCUCCUGGCUCUCGCCUGCAGCACUCAGAGUGUCUGUAGCCUAGCGCUCACCCGCACAGACCGACUGCCCCGCUUUCGGGUGGGUACGGAUAUUCUUUGUGGACAACAACCGUGGGUGUUUCGACGUCUUGCGUACUCCGCGCAGACUCGUCGAGCGACACCGCAUUCUGCAUGUUCUUCAACGUUGCUUUCACCGCACAUCUUGCGGUUUCUUGCAUUUCAACUUUUCCCGUUUUCUCCUGGCGUUCCUGCCACAGGGGGGUCCGUGAAACCCCUCCGGAACCCCGGCUCCGCAGUUCGGUUUCGCUCUCAGUCCUGGAGAACAGUCGAUCGCAGCCGGGCAUUUCCCGUCCUCGCCCCUGAGCACCUGACUUUUCCAGUGUUGUCCGCGCACGGCCGCAUGCAGUUUGGUUUUUCCGCCGUGGCCUCACUUGGGGAAUUCGGGAAUCGCUGGCGUGGUUGCGGAGGCCGUGCACCACAGUGGUCUGUGUGUAGCUCUGCAAACACGUGCAGCCCGCCUGCCGCCUCAGACUGCUUUUUGACUCCUCACGAAACGACCUGGCUUUCUUCGUGGUCAUCGAUCCUGUCUCGUGUGUCUCUGGCAGGGGCGGCUUCUGCCCUCUUCGCGAAACGCCGACCCACAGCCGGCAUCUCGGCCGGAGAUGCGGAAGACGAAGAAAGCGAGGAGCAGCAGGAGGAGGAACAGUUUGUUUUGGAUCCAUCGAAAGUGCGGAGUCGUUUCGGCUCCUUGACUGAGCCGGGACCUUCCCCAGAAAUCCCGCCCGAGUCUCCGUACUGGCCUUCCUUUCCAGCGAAGCGAGUGACACCAGUGCCGGCGAAGCUUCCCAGGUGGCAUCCCCGAUCGCCCUUCCCGACACUCCAGCCUCGUGGUCCCUUCUAUCCGGCGAAUCCGCGGAAAACCAAACCGCCGAAAUGCAGAAGAUUCAAAGGCGAGGCGCCGCCGCCUGUGGAGCUGCCUCGGCCGCCCGCCAAGCUCAGGCGCGACUUCCGGACUUGGGUACGCGACGCGCACUACGAGUAUCCCCAGUUCACGACAAUUCAAGCAAGCCUACGGUACAGGCGGCGGCUAAAGCGUUCUUCCCGCAAACUCGACUGGAGGCUGAAGAGCCUACAAAAUCGCCGCAUGUACUUCGCGUGGCGGCGAAAUAUGCGAGAUCAAGAAACCCACCGAUGGAUUCGUGAGAUGGAACGGUGGUCGCUGCUAGCUGCGCGGUACUGGAAAAAUCAAUACGCGCUUCAGGCGCAGAGAUGGAUUGCUGGUGACCAAGAACCAGACUCAAGUGCAGUGUCUGAAGACAGCGACGUGGGUGGCCGACAGAAUGAAGGACAGCAAGAUGGAAAUCUCGCUUUUGAAGAAGCUGCCAGUCCUGACGUCGGACAAGAUGCAGAGGAAAUGAAGCCGGCAGAGAAUUGCGCAGAGCAACAUGGAGAGCAGCAGGAAGAGCGAGUGCGAAGACUCUCUAAACGUAGAGAAGCAUCGUUACGAGACACGCGCGGGCUUUGUCGUGGAGAAGACAAAGCCGAAGAUAUUCUGCGCUCUGCUGACGUAGAAGCGCUUGACGAUGUGUUGCGUAGAGGAUACCGCCUGCCGCCCAUGACAGCGAGCGUUGCAGCGUCCCCAAUUCCUUGGUGGUCGUCGGCGAAAGGCCUGCACAAGUGGCGGGGGAGAAAGACCGCCACCAACGUCCAAAGUCGAUGGGUAAAUUGGGCGAACCCGACCCGCGAGGUCGAAGCGGUCGUAGCGGGGCAGCUGCUCAGAAGGCAAGGCCGGGUUCUUCAGCAUCUGCGGGAUAAGGGUGUUGUACUGAGGGAAACUCUGCAGCGUGUAGCUACGCAAGGAAACGUGAUGGCGGAUGCGGAAAAACCCGAACUGCGUGGCGAUGUGGAAAGCGUUGAGUCACCGCCUGGAGUGUCGCUGGAGAGCGCAGGGGAAACGCAUGCAGACCCUUCACGAGAUCUCAGUGUGGAGACGAGGAGACUCAAAGCCAUCGAGGCGGCGAUGGAUGUGGCCAUGAUGCUCGGACAAAGUGUGGUGACUAAAACAUCUGGAGCGAGUACGCCGUACGACGUGCACAGCCCGUUUAUGCGGUCCCAUACGUCGUCCCGGAGAAGAAGAAACCGGAUGCGCGGCCGUAUGAAAGAUCCGGAUCAGAGAAAUAUGACACGCCAGGAGAGGCGACUCGCGAAUUUCGCACGGCGCCAAAAAGCUGCAGCGGAAGAUCGCGCAGCCCUGAAAGAAGCGCGGAGGAAGGCCUGGGAAGCGAGAGCCGGGGCCGGAGGCAGUUAGGUUUCAGACGGACGGGAAUGCUAGUAGGAGGCGAGGAGAACAUCUGAAGAGCACCCGUGGAAAAUCCGUGGUUUUCUUAUAAAGGGACGCUUCAGAGGCUGUUGCUGUUUUCUCAGACACCUCUGGUCUGCGCCGGACAAGCCGCUUUGAUGUCAAGUUGUAGUUGUUUUUUCGUCGUCUUGACCCGAUAGGUCUUCGGUUCGUUGCUGCCUCUUUCGAUCGUAUUGAGUUUGGUUCGUUUCGGUUUGCGCAUUACGAAAAACGCCAAUGAGGUUUCUUCCAGAACUGCCAGAUGACCGGCCAGCCGCGUCCCUUGGCUGCAGAAGAAACGUACCAAUUCAGGAACCGCGUGAGUUUCACGUGUUCUGUCGCUUCUUUGCCCGUGCCUAUGAAAGGCAGUGCUGCGGAAAGAUGCGCGUGUCAGUGCAUAAGCGUUGACAAAAGGUCUUCACCCGCGACAACUGGAGAGGUUUGGACACGAACAGUAGCCGUAUCUCCGGUACUCCCUGCCCGUGAAGCAUAGGUAUACGGCGGGACAAAUCCAUUCGACGAGAAUAUGUUUCGCACAAAGGGUUACUAUGCUUCCCGCGAUUUUAAACCACAGGAGCCCUGGACUGUGUACCUGGAUUACAAGGUAGACACUCCUUGUUAUUCGAGAAGGCAAACAACGCGCUACGUGGC